AUGGCCAUGAAAGUGUUGGUACUAGGUGCAGGCGGUCUUGGUUGUGAGCUAUUGAAGAACUUGGCUAGGUACGACUAUGUAUCUGAGAUCCAUGUGGUGGACCUUGACACUAUUGAGCUGAGCAACCUGAACAGACAGUUCUUGUUUCGGGAGCAGGACAUUGGUAAAUACAAGGCUGAAGUAGCUGCCCACGCCAUUGGCAAGCGGGUUACAGACAAAGUUAUUGUCCCACAUGUUACUGACUUAACCACGCUUGACGCCACAUUCUAUAGCCAGUUCCAGUUUGUGAUAUCUGGACUGGACGCCAUAGCCCCAAGACGCUAUGUGAACCAAGUGCUCGUGGACAUCACUAGAGCCUCUGCGUUUGAGAUUUGCAUACCGUUUAUAGACGGCGGAGUGGAGGGUCUCAAGGGCCACAUCAAGACUAUUAUACCAGGGAUCAAUGCCUGCUGGGAGUGCUCCAUAGACACAUUACCGCACGAGUCAGCGAUGAACAACCCGAUGUGCACAGUGGCUAACAACCCGCGGUCCCUCGAGCACAUUGUCGAGUACGUGGUGCUCAUAUCGAACCCAGACGCAGAUCUGGACGACCUAGCAGUAUGCACACAAUUACUAGAUCAAUGCAGACAGCGAGCAUCGCAAUACGGUAUUGAUUGCUCAGAGCUCACUCUGAGCAAAAUGGCUGGGAUAGCCAAGAGAGUUAUUCCUACAGUAUCGACUACAAACAGCAUAGUAGCAGCUAUGUGCUGCGAGCAACUCAACUGCAUAUACCGCGACUUAUGGGAUCCAGAGUCAUCGCCAAAUUUCACUACGAUCAACGGGGCAGAAGGCAUGUACAUCUUCAGUUUCCAGUACCAGAGAAACCCAGAGUGUACCGUCUGCUCGAUGCUAUAA